CCAAAACAAACAUCUUCGACUUCCCGCCCUCUCACUCUCACUCGCACUCUUGAUUCCGCUCACCCUUCCCCCCCCCAUUCGUUCGGAUGUCAGAUUCACAGACUUCAUGACAAUGCCACCUGCGCAGGUUCUGCAUCUCCCUGUCAGAGAUCCUUCGCUGGUGGACCUGAUGACGAAGGCCCCUGAAGCAAAGGCCGCCAAAAUCGAAUCCAAAUCCAAGCCCAAGUCCAGAUCCAGAUGCAGAUCCGGGCAUAUCGAGUACAAUGACCGCGAGUACAUUCGCGAGGUUCUGCAGCUGGGAGAUAACCAGACUGAGAGCUUGGCCCAUGCCAUUCUCAUGCUCGAGGCAGAGGCCCUUGGAAUCACCAUAUCGAGACCAGUAUCAAUGAGCAGCGAGGGACAUAUAAGAACCGACUCGGCCGACUCUCAAAAGACGCAGUCGACCGGCGUAACGUCCAUAUUCUCUCGUGGGUCUGCCGAUGUUACCCCAGGCACAAGCACAGGCAUAUUGCACGAUCAAAGACCCUCGUCGAGAAGGAGCCUAUCCUUUUCGGAAUAUGGCAAGUAUUUAGAGCAAACCGGGGAGACGGUUAUUACCCACAAUUCAUCCGUGUCGAUCGUGUCUUCGGACGAUCGAGAAGGCUCUCUAUUCUCCGUGUCGACCAGGAAAUCCUAUAUCAGUAUCAAGAAUGGCCUCAAAAAGAGCAGUCGAACCCUGUUUCGAUUGCGGAGGGGUAGUGCAUGCUCCCAAUUCAGCAAGUGAGUGAAGUUUACUAAACAAGUCAAAAGACCAUUGGCCAACUGAAUCUUUAGUUCUUGCGUCUGCUGCCGAGAAGAUUUUGAUGCGAACAAGAUGCUGAAUAGCCUGCCCUGUCUGCACAGGUAUUGCGAUGAAUGUCUACGGGUUUUAUUAACACAAUCCAUGAACGACGAGUCCAAAAUGCCUCCAAGGUGCUGCACGCUGGCCAUCCCCGGAAAUACGAUAAAAUCGGUUUUAACGAGGGAUGACCAACGUUUGUUCAUCAAGAGCGUGGUACAGUUCAGCACACCCUGGGAGUCACGAAUAUACUGUCCGAAUGCUGCGUGCGGGGAAUUUAUACCAAAUCGGGCGAAAAUUGACCCUAAAUAUCCCUUCGAACUGGCGUGUCCCAAAUGCCUGGAACGGGUUUGUUCGACAUGCAAGCGUGCUACUCAUGGCUUUGGCCAAGACUGCCCGGCCGACUGGGAGUUAGAGAUGGUACUAAAUAUGGGGGAGAAGUUCGGAUGGAAGCGAUGCUACAAAUGUAGAAAUUUGGUCGAGUUGUCACAGGGCUGCAGCCAUAUUACUUGUCGCUGCAAAGCCCAAUUUUGCUACAUAUGUGGGGCCGUCUGGGACCAAGUUGUGGGAUGUCCAAACUACUGCAAUGGCGAAGAGGAAUUGGAACGUCGCAGGUUGGAGGAGGAGGCUCGUUUAGAAUUGCUGAAAAAGGAAAAGGCUGAGAGAGAGGAAGAAGAAAGAAUUGAAGCUGCGGAAAGAGCUGCUGCGGAGAAGAGAUCAAUGGCGUCCACGGAACUCAAUGCGCUCAGAACCCGACAGAUCAAUGAACGAGAUCGAUUCACUCUGUUUGAGAGGAAAAUGAAGUUCAUCAUGUGGACACGACAUUCCAAGUCAAAACUAGCCAUCUUAGGCCGCUAUGGCGAGAUGUUUUCCAAGAUGAAGGAGCGACAUGCAAAGACGUCAGCACAUUUAGAAGAUCUUCAGGUAGCAGCUGAAAUGGAGUUGCGCUCCACCCAUAAGCAAGCCGAAAGAAGUGUAAGAAUACGGCUGAGGCAUAUGGAAGCUUACUGCGAGGGCAUUGGGCGAACAGAGAGUGGUUCGAACCCGGCAAGGGUUGUUACCGAAAGAGAUCUUCGCGAACUUGGGCAGCAGUACAACGUGCGCGAUGACCUGGAACGUCUUCACCAAAGCAAGAUCAAUGUUAUGCGAGACAAGCAAGCCAAACAAAUGGAGCAGCUCGUGGCCCGCCAGGAAGAAGAGCUUCACAGGUUAGGCAAGAAACAGGAUCGAGAACUGGAGAUAUUGGCGGAAAGUUUUACAAAUGAGGAGGAUGAAUUCUACAAUCUCUUCCAAGCCCGACGAGACAAACUGAGGCUAAGAUGGGAUCUAUCAGAAGAGAUCAUGAGAAAGAAAUUGGAAGCUCAGAACAAAGUCAAGUAUGGACCAAUGCCUCCAAUUCAAUGGCCACAACCAGCUCCGGUAGAUGAAAAACUGGAGUCUGUUGUUGAGGAGGCGAUGUACGGAUCGAAUCUAUUAGCAUCAAAGAUAACUACGAUUGACUUCAAUUAGCACAGUCAAGAAUAUACGAUUAAUAACAUGGGGGUAGACGCGGCGACGUCAUAUUUCUUUAGAUGUUACAAAUGAUGAGUCUCACGACAAACGACAUUUUCCACUCUCUUUUUCUUCCUUUCUCUCUCUUCUCCUCGUGUAUGGAGCUCGAGACGGCGCUACUUUGGUAUUUCAUUAUAGGACAAGUCCGAAUACUUUAUAUCGGCUUGCUUGGGUGGGAUGGGCAAUUUUGGGAUUGGCUAGGGGCGAGUGGGGUUUUUUUUGCUGCCUAAGUUGAUACGAUAUACCCUUUAUCUUCUUGAAUUUUUUCAUUUAAGUAAGGGAAUGGGAUACGGGAUAUAUAUGCGGGAGGGUGGAGUGGAAUAUCGUUAUCUCGUACCUACGGACUUUAUGUAGUAAUCUUUCAUAAGAUUGUAUUCAGUGAGCAGGUCAGCCUAACGCCUUUUUGAAAUGAAGCUUUUUUG